CUAUUGCAGAUAAAAUAGCAUCCAGUUGAGAACAGACUUUGAUUAAGUCAAGAACUUUUAUAGCGACAACAAAACUUAACGAUUUAAAGUAGAAUUAUCAAAACGGAAACAUGCUACUUUUAAAGAUUUCUUAUUUACUAUGUGUCAUCAUAUUGUGCAGUGAUUUAUGUGCCGGUGUAUUCUUGCCUCUGCUGAAGGGAUUAAAGAAAAAACUCAUUUACGGCAGUUAUGCUCCCAGUUAUGGCUAUCGAACUCCCCACAUAGCUGGUUAUGGUUAUGGUGGCGGCUAUUAUGGUGGUUAUGGCCAAUCUUCUUAUGGAAAUUAUUAUUCUGGUGCCAAACCUUAUUAUCCUCGUCGUCAUCGUGGUGGUCGUAAACGUACUGGACGUACUUAUAGUGAUAUUGCACGUGUUAUUAAUCCAAAUCCUUAUGCUUUUGUUGGCAGACGACCAUAUCCAGCUCAGCCUUUCUAUCCUCAAGGAUAAUUACGAAUGUCGGCUAUUAUAUUUGUAUAUGUAUGUGUAUUUAUGUGAUAAUUGUAAAUUAGAAUUAAAAAAAAAAAUUGUAUAAUUUAA